UGGUUUUCAUUUCAAAACAGAUCAAACAGAGAUCUCCGAGUGAAUCAUUUUUUGGCCUAUCAUCCAAUAAUUACCUCUGAUUACGGCCUGGUAAGCCACAGUUCGGCUUUGACGAUCGCCUCGAGAUGUUGCCUCCGCUGCUGGUGCUGCCGCUGCUGCUGCUUUUGGCCCUGGCCUGCCCGUCGUGGCAGGAGGGAAAUGCCACUCUGAGCUAUCUGACAAAGGCCGGCUGCGAGGCGCUGAUCAAGGACCUCAGCCUGUGCGACUGCCAGGACCAGGACAUCAAGUGCGAGACCCUGCAGGUGAACAGCGACCACGAGAAGCUGUACAGCGUCAGCUGCCGGCUGUUCGACGCCCGGGGCUUUGGCUACAUACCGCCCCUGAGGGUGGGCAAGAUCGGGGCGCUGACCAUCCAGAACUGCGCCAUUCCCGACGCCCGGAGCAUCCCCGACCUGAUCACCCAGCUGGGGAUCACCAACUACACGGAGCUCGAGGUGUUCAACUUCUUCGAUCCGAAGAAGAACGACCGGGGGGAGGUGCUGCAGCAGCGCUACACGAACCUGCCGGGCCUCGCGAAGCUCACGAUCCUGGGCUUCAAGUCGACGCUGCCGAAGGACUUCUUCCAGAACGUGUUCGAGCUGAGGCAGCUGACGCUGAAGGGCUACAGCGACCUGCCGGCCACCAUCCUGCACCCGCUCGGCCAGCUCACAAAGCUGAACAUCGUGGUCAAGAACAUCCACAAGGUGGCCAGCCAGAUCUUCGCCAAGCAGGCGCUGCUCAAGCACCUGGUGAUCGACUGCGACGUGAAGAACAGCAGCGUCGAGAUGUCGGCCUUCGCCGCCGACGAGCUGUGGCACAUGGCCCAGCUGCAGUCGUUCGAGCUCUUCAACUGCGGCGACAACGUGCCCACCGAGCUGUUCUGGAAGUCCGAGCACCUGGCCUACAUCGGCAUUCGCAGCAACAUCAGCUAUCUGCACAGGGACUUCCUGCAGGCCCAGCGGCGGCUGCUCACCCUCCGCCUCGAGCGGAACAACAUAGCCCGCCUGCCCGAUCAGCUGUUCUACCACACGCCCAUGCUGCUGGAGAUCCACCUGGCCUUCAACAACCUGGACCGCAUUCAAGCCGGCCUCUUCGACAGGUUGAAACAGCUCCAGGUGCUCAAUCUGGAGCACAAUCCGAUCACCACCAUCGCACCCACGGCCUUCAGCACUCUGUCGUCGCACAUCUACGUGGGCAAGCUGUUCCCCCUGGUGGCCACGGCGGAGUGGGCCCGCUCCUCGAACGCCACCAUCUGCGAGGAGGAGUACAUCUACGGCGUGUGCAUCUACUGCAAGCGGGACGAGUACGCCGACCACUUUGCCGACCACGAGACCUGCAACAAGGCCACCCCGAAGGCCAAGGAGAUCCUGGCCAAGAAGGCCUACGAAAUCCAGCUAAACAUCAGCUCCAGGGCCCCCCACGAGGAUUACUCGGUGGACUAGCCGCGAAGGACCUGCAGGCCUUGCCCAGCACAAUACGCGUAGUAUUUGCUUUUAUGCCCAUGUUUAUGUAUUCAAAGAGAAACCCCAUUUGACAAAUAAACUAAAAACAAAUUAGGUUAAGCUUAAA